AUGGCGCGCGACAAGAUGUUCUUCUGUAGGUGCCUCUGUCUCAAGAUGCCCCUGAGCCACAGAGAAGAACUGUACCACAUCUUGAGGAUGACUGGUCCUCUGUUGUUCUCUCGGAUCCUCAAUUACCUGCUUCCCUUCGUGGUCACCAUGUUCUCUGGACGUCUGGGCAACAAGGUGAUGGCUGGCUACGGAUUAGCAUCUGCUACCAUCAAUGUCACCACAGCGGCAACAGGAUAUGGUCUUAGUCUUGCUUGUGAUACACUGGUCUCUCAGACCUUCGGUGGUAAGAAUCUGCUGCGCGUGGGCGUGAUCCUGCAGCGAGGCAUCGUCAUCCUUCUGUUUUUCUGUCUGCCCUGUUGGGGUCUACUCCUCAACGCCCAGAGCCUCCUGCUGCUCAUGGGCCAGCACCCCGAGGUUACCCGAAUAGCACAUCUGUACAUCGUAGCCUCCCUUCCAGCUGUGCCAGCAAUGUUUCUGCACAAUCUUCAAGUGUCUUACUUGCAGAACCAGGGUAUAAUACUUCCGCAAAUGUACACUGCAGCAAUGGCAAAUGUUGCCAACGUGAUUUUGAACUACGUGUUAUUGUACUGGCUCGAUCUAGGGGUCAAUGGAUCUGCAGCUGCCAACGCUCUCUCUCAGAUUUUCAUCUGUGCUCUGCUGUUUGCUUACAUUCGCUGGAAGAAGCUGCACGUGUCAACAUGGGGAGGCUGGUCAGUGGAAUCUCUGCAGGAGUGGGGCUCCUACAUGAGGCUGGCUGUUCCCAGCAUGCUCAUGAAGUGUUUCGAGUGGUGGCUCUAUGAGUUUGGUGGAUUCUUUGCGGGCAUGUUGAGCGAAGAAGAGCUGGCGGCCCAACAUGCAGUGAUGAUGGUGACUUUACUAGCCUACAUGUUCCCUUUUGGCAUCCAGGCAGCGGCGUGCGCUCGGGUGGGCAACGCUCUCGGGGCCGGAGACACGGGCAGGGCCAUCCUCACCUGCAAGGUUUCGCUCACCCUCGCAGCUGCAUUUGCACUUGUCGAAGGUGUCGUGCUUGGCUCCACUAAAUCAGUGAUCGGCUUCAUCUUCACCUCCGAUGAGAAGAUCGUCAAUCUGGUGUCCCUUUUGAUGAACGCUUACUGCUUCCUUCAGUUCUUUGAUGGCCUUGUGUGUGUGUGCACUGGCAUCUUUCUGGGCACGGGAAAACAGAAGAUUCCAGCUGUAGCUAACUUCAUUGGAUAUUACGGUGUCGGACUCACGCUCAGCGUUACGCUCAUGUUUGUGGCAAAGCUCCGAAUUUUAGGUUUCUGGCUGGGGAUUUUGAUUUGCGUUAUCUUGCAGUCCACCCUUUACAUCAUUGUCGUCUUCAAGCUGGACUGGGAGAGAAUGACAGAGGAGGCUGUGAAGCGCGCCCAAAAGAACACACAUGUGGCCUUACUGAGCCCGGGUGUGCAGGAACAGUACCAGCCAGUCAUGUGCGAGGGCAACAGAGUCACACUGCAGCUGGCGAAUGCCGACCAUCUCUCUCUGAGCCAGCUGCUGCUCAGGCGAGGCCUCACGCUGCUGGCCGCCCUCACCCUGCUAGCGACGGGCACCUGCGUGUACUUCCUGGUACCCCUGCCAGAGGCUCCGCAACCAACAAGUAAUCUGACUGCAACGGACUGGGGCAAUAUCACACGCUAUUGA